AUGAAAAUUAUUUUUAUUUUCAUUUUCGUGCUGGCCUGGGAAAAUGUCCUGUGUAGUUCUGAAGGAGGCUUCAAUAUUACUGUGCUGCAUACAAACGACAUUCACUCGCGUUUUUUGGAAGCCAACAAAAGAGGUGGAAAAUGCUCUGAUAAGGACAAGUACGAAGACGGUUGUUAUGGUGGAGUCGCCAGACUGGUUACCAAGGUCAGAGAAUUAAAGACCAAAAAUAAAAACACGCUUUUCUUCAACGGUGGAGAUUUUUUUCAAGGAACAGUAUGGUACACUGUCUUAAAAUACAACAUUGUGGCGGAGGCAAUGUCAAGAAUGAUGUACGACUUUGUGUGCCUUGGCAACCACGAGUUCGACGACGGCCCUGAAGGUCUUGCUCCUUUUCUUAAAAGAAUGGAGGAAGCAAAUGUAACCGUCCUGGGAACUAACCUUGAUACUUCCAAGGAACCCCUUCUUAACGGAACCGAGUUGAAAAGGUCCAUCAUAUACCAGGUGGAGAAGUUGAAGAUCGGAGUCAUGGGUGUGGUUACUAAAGAAACAAUGCAGAUUGCCAGGCCGGGCAAGAUUAAGAUUUUAGAUGAAAUUACCAGUAUAAAACAAGAAGUCGAGAAGCUAAAGGAGAAAAACGUCAACUUUUACGUUGUCAUCAGCCACGUGGGAUUUGAAUUGGACAAGAGAAUAGCCGCCAAAGUUGAAGAAAUAAAUCUGGUCGUGGGAGGACACACAAACACAUUCCUCUACACCGGCGAGAGUCCCAGGCCUGAGGACCGUGUUGAAGGAGAGUAUCCGACAAUUGUUACAAAAGAUGAUAAAAAAGCCCUCGUCGUCCAAGAUUACUGGGCCGGGAAAUAUCUGGGGCAUUUGCAACUAGAAUUUGACAAGGACGGAAACCUAAAAAACUGGUCUGGCAAUCCUAUUCUAAUGGAUAACAAGACUACUGAAGACAAAGAAAUGGCUUGCGUGCUGGAUUCAUAUAAGGAAGUAGUUGAGAAUGCGAGCAAAGAGUACAUCGGCCUCACCAAGGUUAAGCUUGAAGCCAGCGAUAAGGUGUGUCGCAUCAAAGAGUGCAACACGGCCAAUCUCAUCACUGAUGCUUUCCUUGCCUUCUACGCUGACCGAAAUACCACCAAUAAUACUAAGGACUGGUCCGACGUUAAUGCCGCCGUUGUAAACAGUGGUAUUGCCAAGACAACCGUUGAACAAGGUGUCAUUCUGCGGGAGAACAUGAUGGCCAUGAUGCCCUACGAAAGUACUCUGUACGUUCUCACAAUGACCGGACUUCAAUUAACGAACAUGUUUGAGCACGGUGCCUCAAAAUUCACCUGGUUCGAGGACCCUGAAGGAGCGUUUCUUCAGGCAUCAGGAAUACGAGUGGCUUUUAAUUUCUCGUAUCCAAAAAAAUGCCGCGUAAUCAAACUUGAUAUUUUGUGUUCCAAGUGCAAGAUACCAAAGUAUGAGCCUGUAAUGCUGAACGAAACCUACCGCAUUGUCACCACCAGCUACAUUGCAAACGGUGGAGACGGAUUCACAUUCGAUGAGAGCGUAAAAAAGGAAACAGAAGGAGUUGUUGACAAUGAGGUGGUCAUUGAAUACGUUCGCAAGAUGUCCCCCAUCAAGGAGCCUGAAGAGGGACGAGUGAUUAUGUACGACAACCCCAGACCUCCUAAUUCCACGGCGGGCCUCCCAAUUGACGCCAUCAAAACGACACCUAAGCCCUCUGUUACCACACCUUAACAGAUUAUAUGGAUCGAGGCGACAGAAUAUAGAGAAGCGUUAUUAUUGGUACA